ACCUUCCAAAAACAUACCGACUUUUUUCUCCCUCUAAAUUCUUUCUUUCUCAUUGCUAUAUAUACACCUACAGAUAUCUCUCAAUUUCCUUCACAUUAAUUUGAACCAGUUUUCAAACCAGAGUUUUUUAAGACUUAUAACAGAGAAUAUGCCUGAGAGAGAAGUUGUCAAAAAACCUCGUCUUGUUGUGAGGAAGUUCUUGGCUAGGCCUCAACAUGAAGGAGUUGGGGCAGUUGUUAGAAGGAGCAUUGGGAGGUUUGAGCUGAAAUACUUUGAUCCUUUUCUUGUUCUGGAUGAGUUCUCAGUUUCUGCUCCUGCUGGGUUUCCUGAUCAUCCACACAGAGGGUUUGAGACAGUGACCUACAUGUUGCAGGGAGCUGUCACACAUGAAGACUUUGAAGGGCACAAAGGGACAAUAGGAGCCGGUGACUUACAAUGGAUGACCGCAGGAAGAGGUAUUGUUCAUUCAGAAAUGCCUGCGGCCCAGGGAACCCAAAAGGGUUUGCAGUUGUGGAUAAACCUCUCCUCCAAACAUAAAAUGAUUGAGCCAAAGUACCAAGAAAUGCUGAGCAAGGACAUUAAAGAGGCUGCAAAAGAUGGGGUGAAAGUUAGGGUAAUAGCUGGAGAGGCCUUGGGAACAAAGUCACCAAUUUACACAAGGACCCCAACCAUGUACCUGGACUUCACUCUGAAAUCAGGGGCUAUUUUGCAACAGCCAAUACAAAUAUCAUGGAAUGCAUUUGUGUAUGUGCUGGAGGGUGAGGGUAUUUUCGGAAGUCCAAAAUCUUUGCCAGUGACAGCCCACCAUCUUCUUCUUCUUGGAUCUGGGGAUGGCUUGGAGGCAUGGAACAAAUCUUCCAAGCCCCUUAGAUUUAUCUUAAUUGGAGGUGAACCUCUGGGUGAGCCAAUAACACAAUAUGGGCCCUUUGUGAUGAACACACAAGAAGAGAUUGACCAAACCAUUGAUGAUUUUGACAAUUGUGUCAAUGGAUUUGAGAAGGCAAGACAUUGGAGUUCUGGAGAUGCGCUUAGCCUUGAUUUUUAGAUCUUUUGUUAUUUGAUAAUUUAUUGGUUGAUUUUGGAAGAUGUGGAAAUAAAAGUAGUUAAUUGAUUAAUCAAUUUGUCUACAUCAAAA